GGAAGUUUUUCAACAUUCACAGUUGCAUGCAUUAAGGAAGAAAUAAAUUUAAACACUAAAUUAAUUUGGAAACAAAUAAAUUAAUUACAUAUGCUGCUACAUUCUGACAAGUUUCAUUUAAAAGAUCUCCUUAAAAUUAUUAUCAUACACUUACAAAAAUUGAUCUGUAAAUUGUUUACUUUGCAUUUCUAACUAGACUCUGACAUGCAGUCUGUACAUCAGGAUAACAGUAUUUAAAACCAUAAGCUUGAGUUCGUUUCGGAAUAACUUUUUGUCCUUCUGUCAUCAUUUUAGCUCUCUCUUCACUGAAAGCUAAAUUCAAUAGAAAUACUGGCACAGGUAUAGAUGCUGGGCGCCACAUGGCUCGAGCUAGAGCUUUUGAAAAUUGCUUAUUUGUGAUAAUCUGUAAAAGUGAAAACGUAGAAGUGUGUUUAAAAAUGAACUAUGAUAAUAAUAGCAUAAAGGAAUGACAAGAAAAUUCAACUUUGAGUGAUGAAAGUAAAACAAUAAUACACAGAUAGCAUUCAAUUAAAGCACAAAAUUCACAUCACAAUCAGAACAUCUUUAAGAUGCUUUAAAAUGAAAACUGUGGAUAUGAUUUAAUUUUCGAAACCUUCUAUAAUGAUGAGGUUUUAAUACCAAUCCAAAGAAACAUACCUCUGGGGAUACACCAUUCAAGACACCUUUGACACUCUCAUUUUCUAUAGCAAAAAGAAUUAAUCGAGUAAUAUCAUCGAUGUGAAUCCAUGGAAGAAAUUGGUUUCCAUCACCAACUGGCCCUCCCAUUCCAAAAUAGAACGGAAGCCACAACUGUUUCACCAUACCACCAUUUCGACCUAGAACAACACCUAGCCAAUAGACAUUUUAUAUUAAUAAAAAAGACCUCUUUAGCAUCUUUUUCGUUUGAAUUUGAUUAAUACACAUCAAUCAAAAUAUAGAAAUCAUAAGUUGCACAGCUUAAGAAAAAUAUUUAGGAAACAGGUGAUGUGUAGUGGCUUGAAUGUAAUGAGGAUAAUCCUGGACAAGAGAAGUUGGCAGAUGGAAAAAUUUGUGUUUAUGAGAACAAUGACAAAGAGCCUCGCGGUAUUGACAGUGAUGAAGUAGGACCAUCCAUCAAGAAAGCUGUUCUCUGCCUUGACACAGUACUGAAGUGGUUAGAAUAAUAAUAAAAAAUGUAAUACUUUACAAGUGCUGACUAAAGCAUUUGCGAGAUGUAUCGCCCCGAAAAUGAGAUGGGCAAAAAGCAUUGGGUUUCUUCUCUCUGUAAAAUUGCAUUACACUACUUUGUAUCAAAACAAACAUUUUAAAACAACAGACAUCUGAAAAUAAAGUGGGGUAAGUUACCUUGCUCCUACAACUCCACAAAGCAACAUUCAUUUUUUUCACCAUCACUUAGUUAUAUUUAGGGGGCGGAUUUUAAUGAAAUUUUCCUUUUCGCUUUAGAACAAUGCUGUUUAGAAUAUACAUUAAUUUUAUGUUAUGACAAAACGAAAUGACCCAUCUUUAUGUCAUUAUUUUGCAUUCUUCGUUGAGUUCUACAAAUUAAACAUUUUUAAUGCAUUUUUUGCUGAUUUCUUAGAUUUUAAUAUUAUUUUAAUGGUACUUCAAACAAUAUUUAGGAGUUGCAACAAAUGUCCAGGAAAGAAUUCCUAUUCGAUUUUUUUGCUCGUAUAUUGUAAUGUCAGCCGUUGAGAGUACUAAGUAAUCUUAAGGUCCCUGUGAUGCCUAUCAGCACCAGCAGAUUUCGCGACAAAAUAAAUGCAGAGAUUUUCUUUAAAAGAACAGCCCAAACCAAAAGUAUGCAAGCCGAGUUCACUUGAACGAAAGCCUCAAUUACAUCAGAAACAUAUCCAACAGUUUGUGUUGUUCAUGAGAAGUGGUUUUAAUACAUUUUUUUUAACCUCAUUUUUGUUUGUUUUUAGGGCAUUUUUAAAGCAUUUUAUUCAUCAUUUUUGGCAGUGAUUUAGACCAAAUAUUCACCCCUAGUUAUAUUAUUUGAUG